ACGUAAGACCCAGCAACCCGGCUAGUAAUAUUCAAAAUUUUGGUUCGACCCGCGUGAGUUCACAAUGAACAGUACCGACUUCUUGACGCUGUGUAAGUCCCUGUUCGACAACUCCCUGAGCCUACUCUGCUCGGGGAUGGUGCCGGAGCACCUGAGCAGGAAGUACCAAUACAAGCUGUUGCGGGCCCACGAUCCGUACAGUAUUUUCUACAUAAAGGCUAACCCGGGCACCUACUUGGUGGCCUUCCAGAGCCUGGAGAUGCCGGACUGCCAGAACGUCACCAUGCUGGACCUGAACAACAUUCAGUGCCAGAACCAGUACAACGAACAGAGGGAUCUGCACUUCGGCUACAGCUACCGCAUGUGCUUCAAUUACUCCAUGAACCUGACCGACGAACUGAGCCAGAAUUGUGGGGCCAGGAGCUACGAGUACAACCAGCAAUCGGGGUACUACUUUGCCAACGAGGACAACAGCAUGGACAUCAAUUUCCUGUCGAAUGGUGGUGUGUUGGUGGGCUCUCCGGCCUUGUUUCUGUACCUGGUGGUUUCUCUCCUGAUGGUCCUUAUUCUGCUGUGGAGCGACCUUAGAAUGCAAGACACCUGGAAGGGAUUGAAGAUUCUGCACUCGCAUGGUCUCGAUUUCAUCGGCGCCCCUUUUAAUGCUCCAUGUGAUGUAUCCAUCAAGAUGUGACAUAUUUUGACAGUGCUCCGGAGUACACAAAUCAUUGGCCCGCGGCGGCAUGGAACUCGAGGAGCUGUCACCGGGAUCUCGAAGAUCGGGCAACGCGCUUCCCUUUCAUCUGACAAUGUUGGCCCUUGUCAUCUACUUUGUGCCACAUAAUGCCUGUGCAGUAUGGGGGAACUCCCGUCCACAUGUGCUCGGAGGCUCUAGGUCUUUUAUAAAUAAUUGCUUUUUAACAGAGGCGAAAAUUAUCACCUAAUUAUAGAGCCUGACACUGGGGAUUAUGUGGGCCUUGGUGGCAGUUUUUUAUUUCCGAGAUACACAUUCCGAGAAAGUAAAAGUCA